GUUGUCAUGGUGAAAGUGGAGCGUCGCGUUCUCGUCAGAUGCUAAAAUGCGGUUUAUUAUGACUAUAAAGCGCGGUUUGCUCUGCUUUAACCGAGUCAAUGUUGUCUGAUAGCACUUUAGGCGAUGUUUACUAGUUAAUCAAUAUGUGGAGUCGCGGAGGACCGCGGAGUUCAGCUUUGGACAGAGCUAAAGCUCAGCUCUCUGGACAGAGAAUCUCAAACAUUGCGAUUUUAAAGGACAAAAGAGAUGAGGAAAACUUUGUGCAACCGUCCAGACAGACCCAUAUCCAGGACCUCAGCGAUGCAUCCUCACCAUCACAGAUUGAAAACCAGAACCCUGCGAAAAGUUUUAGCUUGGGUGGCGGUAGUCGAUUUCUGAAGAAGACCUCUAAAGAUACAACAACUGAGAGAACUUCUGCAGGAACGGACGAAUCUAAAAUCAUACCUCAACGUAGCUCACAAAGCGCCGCAUUGAGCAAACUAGCACUCAUCGAGAACCGCAUCAGAAACCAGAAAAGCACAAGUAACCACACAGAGCCACAGGAAACACGCUUGUCUGUCCAUUCCAGCGGCGAUCUGAGCAUGACGGGAGGUCGCUUUCUGAAGAAAAGGAUCGCUUCUGAACCUCAAGAGCUGAGGUUUUCUGAGACGACGCCUGGUCUGAAUGAACGAAGAGAAAGGAGAGUCAGUUUAGACAGCGAUGAACAGGACAUGAGAAGACUUAUAGGAGAUUCUAUUAGCUUAUCUGAGAGUUCCUUGCUAAAUGCAGCAAGGCAGAAGAGUCCUCAGGUUGUCAAAAAGAAUAGAAAACAUCCAUAUCCUGGCUUAAAAUGGGAGGCAAUGGUAAACACGGGGAGCACUGGGAAAUCGACUGUACCUACAGCAACUCCUGAAAAGCAUAAAGUUAUCAGUCAUCGAAGUCUUUCUCCUUCUUCCAGAAGACCUGAAUCACGUAUGGUCCGCUUUACAGAACGCUCGCUGUCUUCUGAAACAGAUCACAGUGAGAUUCAUUCUUUGGAUGAUCUUUUUCCUGCUGCUCCGGCACAUGAUUCUGAAGAUACUCUGAGUGAGAUGAGUGCAGCAUCUGAUGAUUUCAAACUGAACGUGAUGACACUUGAUGAUUUAGCGCCUAUACCUUCUGAAGCAGCUGAAAUCUCACAAGAAAUAAAAGAAACACAAGCCAGAAAAGAAGACCGAAAAAAGAAGUCUCCAGAGAUCUCAAAAGUCGCUUCACAACCCACACCAGAAGAUGUCUACGAAAGCGAUUUUGAGAGUGAAAUCGCAUCAGAGAUUACACACAGUGAGAUCUCAGAGCGUCUUUCAGAUGAAGAUAAAGACACCUCAUUGGUCAGCGAGGCUCAGUACAGCUCUUACAAAUCACAGGAUGAUGAUGAUGAUCAUGAUGAGCAUACUUUAUCACAAUCUUCUGUCUCGUCCAGUGGAAAUUCAGAUUCUUCUUCGAACUCUAGCUCAUCCAAUGCCACAGUCACACGUGGCCCCAGUCCUGAGCGUAAUGUGAAGGAGGCUGCGGUGCAGACGCAGGUGGAUGGAUUUGCUUACACGUGGUCUUCUGGCAUGGCUGCUGCUGGUCCUUCAAUAGGCAUGAAAUAUGUGGACCCGACUCCAAUAGCCAGUCACACAGUCAGUGCUGAAGCCAUAGAAACGUUGACAUCGUACAGUCCUGCCAUUUUUGCACUCAAUGACAUGUUGAGGCAACAGCUGGGCCUUACGAGAGCGUUCAUUGCAUCCACAAGACAUCAUUACACAUCAGUGCUCGAGUCCCUGGGUCCUGCUGACUACAAAUACACCACACUGCAAGAUACUAAAGAGUUCAUCCAAGCACACAGGCCACCCAAAACAAGUAUCGAAGACGCUCUAGAGGAAGUUCAACAAGAAAUGAAGGACAGCCAUUAUAUUUAAAUAAUCAUGGUCAACAUUUUGGAUGCAUCAUCCAUAGAUUACAAAAAAAAAACAUUGUGUUUAAAAAUGGGUCAUGAAAUACCUUAGUUUUAUAUUUUGUACUGUACUCUAAAGUCCACUGAUUAUGUUACCAAGAUUUUUUUGCAUCAAAAAAGCAUCAUGAUCGAGAAAUAACUGACUAUUUUCUGUCCUGUUUUGGACUCUCAUCAGAAACCUCUGUCUGAAUGGCUGUGGCCGAUUGUAGACUCAGAACUAAACGCCCACUGAAAGUGAAAGUAAAAGUUAUGACAUGUGGCCAAGUAUAGUGACCCAUACUUAGAAUUUGUGCUCUGCAUUUAACCCAUCCAAGUGGGUACACAUACAGAAAUGAACACACACCCCAGAGCAGUGGGCAGCUGUGGUGCCCAGGGAGAAGUUGGGAGAUCGGUGCCUCACUAAAGGGAUUCACCUCAGCCAUAGUAAUGGGGGUGGUGAGAGCAAUGGUUAUUCACUCCCAACACCUACAAUUCCUGAAGGUGCCGUGACCCAAACCUGUGACCUUUCCAUCACAAGUCCAACUCUUUAACCAUUAGGCCAAGGCUGCUCCACUUUUACUUUCACUUUCACUUUAUUGUAGUAGAAUGUCCCAGUCAUUAUGGCGACUGCCUUUAAUAUAAUCUGUUUUGAGAUUUAUAAAUACUCUUAUAGUAUUAUGUGCUCAAAAUAUCAAAGAAUUUUUGGUUUCUCAGCUCAUGACCCCUUUAAAAAUCAAUGCUUAUGCAAUAAUGUGCCUAAAUAAAGCCGCGUUUUUUUUAGCAUCUAUUUAUUAUGCUUCACAUUAAACCAAGAAAGUCAUUUAUGCAUGAAUAAAC